AUGGGUGGAGUAUUCUCACGUCUUCGAUGCUUCCUAUUUGGUCCCAUGUUUUGUCGUGUGCUCAUGGUCGGCCUACAUAACGCUGGAAAAUCAACUGUACUGUGUAAACUUAAAUCAGGUGAUGUAGAGGCUGUAACUCGUACAACAGGUUUCAAUGUCGAAACAGUAGACUAUCGUGACGUUUCGUUUACAAUAUGGGACAUUGGUGGGAAUCAAAAAGUUCGACACAUAUGGAAACACUAUUACGUUAACGUCAAGGCGACAAUAUUUGUUGUCGACAGCUCGGACAACGAAAGUGUUUGUGAAGCGUGCAAAGAAAUCCUAGAUUUGUUGGCAAUACCUGAUCUGCAAGGUACUGCGUUGCUGAUAUUGGCUAAUAAACAGGACGUAGGGGAAUGUAUGACCGCUGACGAAAUUACGACAGAGUUAAAACUUCAGAGUAUAAAGGAUAGAGAGACUAGGGAAAACAGGGCGGUAAAAGGAGGACAGGACGGGAAACAGGCUCCUGGUGGAGGACUACGAAGACCAGAAACAUAUUCCCUCGACGCUCUACCAACGAAAGUGGAUUCGUGUUGGGGUGUUGGUGAUCGCGUUAAGGAGAAUAGAGAGGAGGAAGUUGAUGAGACGAAAGCACACUAA